AUGGUGUUGUGUGUUGUUCUUCUGUUUGUUAUAGUCAGCGCGUAUCCGCCGCCUGUUCAAAUUAAAGACGAAAUUCAGAUUCUUCAAAACGUGACGAAGAAUUCUAUUAUUCAGAAUCACAUGAAAUAUACAAAAAGAGAUACAAAUCGACACGGAAUCCCAAUAUACGCAAGGGUCGCAAAGUAUCACGAAAGAACACAAACAACACUUCCUAUUUUUGCACAUAAAUUCAAAGGAAUCUUUUUCGAAGAAAUUGUUAUUCGAUCUAUUAACGACAAGAUUGUCAUUCAAGACAACAACCCAUAUAAAAAAGUGGUUUUCAACGCUUCAAAUUACGUUGUUUUAAAGACGGAGCUGGAUUACAUCACAUUUUCCGAAGAUAUUUAUAGAGAGUUGUGGGGGUUUCUCAGCUUUUAUCAAGGCGUCUUAUUUGACUCAACAAUUCCAACAGAUUUUGUUGUUCAAGCAACAAACAAAUUCCCAAAGAUGUUCGAUUCUUUCAAACUCAUAACAACUGAUGAUGACCCCAAACCAUUUUUGAGGAUAUGUAAAGCUGUUUUCAUUGACACACAGUUUUACGACAAACGGGCAGUGUCGUACCAACCUCUACAACCACUCGCCUGGAUAGAAAAUUCAUACAAUUUGAAGUUUGACAGUUCUAUUAAGAACGGAGGGUUUGUUUUGGAUUUCGAAGGGAAGACAUACUGCAAACAUAGUACAACCCAUACCGCAAAUACCGCUUUUCUUCUCUUCAUUAAAAAACUGAAUGUUACUUUCACAUACCACAAGGCAUCACAUGAACACUCUUGUGAAGCUGAAAUAAAAAGCGAUAAAUUCAUGGACGAUUUCUGUACUACAAAUUACCCCACCCCAUUUUCAAUUAAUGAGAAACUCGGACUCGCACAAAAAAUCAAUUGUUCUGUGCUUUGCAGUGAUUUUGGUGCUGCCCUCGACUUCUUUUUUGACGUUUUAUGA